UAAACACAUAUCGUUCCGAACUCGAAGGACUUGGUUCAGAGUAGUCACCGCCGACGACAGCGACAGGCUCAAAUAUGCUCAAAGCCUCAAAAUCGGUCGCUAGAAUCCAGCGGCAAGCCAAUAUUUCAAUCAGGCGUGGUCUUGCAACUGUUGCUGACCCGCCUGUUCGCCGAUACGGCGGUCUCAAAGACCAGGACCGCAUCUUCACAAAUGCAUAUUGUAGACAUGACCAUGGUAUCAAGGGCGCCUUAUCUCGUGGUGACUGGCAUCGCACGAAAGACAUCCUUUUGAAGGGUGACUCUUGGAUCAUUCAAACAAUCAAGGAUUCAGGGCUCAGAGGCCGGGGUGGUGCCGGAUUCCCAAGUGGUCUCAAAUGGUCAUUCAUGAACAAGCCGGACUGGCAAAAGGAUAAACGGCCCCGCUACCUAGUUGUCAACGCUGACGAGGGAGAACCGGGAACCUGUAAGGACCGCGAGAUUCUUCGUGGUGACCCACACAAACUGGUGGAAGGGUGUCUGGUUGCUGGCCGCGCCAUGAACGCAACCGCAGCCUACAUAUACAUUCGCGGAGAAUUUUUCCAGGAGGCCUCUCACCUUCAGCAAGCUAUCGAUGAGGCGUACAAAGGUGGAUUCAUCGGCAAAGAUGCAUGCGGUUCCGGUUACUCGUUUGAUGUAUACCUCCAUCGCGGAGCUGGUGCAUACAUCUGCGGCGAGGAAACUGCGUUGAUUGAAAGUCUCGAGGGCAAACAAGGCAAGCCCCGACUAAAACCACCUUUCCCCGCAGAUGUCGGCUUGUUCGGAUGCCCCACCACUGUUGCUAAUGUCGAGACUGUUGCGGUGGCACCUACUAUCUGCCGUCGUGGUGGAUCUUGGUUCGCCAGCUUUGGUCGUGAGCGCAACCAGGGCACAAAACUCUUCUGCAUUAGUGGUCACGUUAACAACCCUUGUGUUGUCGAAGAGGAGAUGAGCAUCCCGCUGAAAGACCUUAUCGAGCGGCAUUGCGGAGGUGUCAGAGGUGGCUGGGAUAACCUACUUGGUAUCAUUCCUGGUGGAAGCUCGGUCCCAGUCCUGCCCAUCGACAAGUGCUCAGAAGUUCUGAUGGACUAUGACUCUUUGAAGGACGCACAGUCGGGUCUUGGGACGGGUGCCGUCAUCGUAAUGGACAAGAGUACGGACAUCGUAUCUGCCAUUGCACGGUUCUCUUCAUUCUACAAACACGAGUCUUGUGGACAAUGUACGCCCUGCCGGGAGGGCACGACGUGGAUGAUGAACAUGAUGAAUCGCAUGGUGGAGGGCCGCGCUCAUAGACGUGAGAUUGAUAUGCUCCUUGAGCUCACUAAACAAGUAGAGGGCCGGACCAUCUGUGCUCUUGGCGAUGCUGCCGCUUGGCCCAUUCAGGGCCUCAUGCGCCAUUUCCGCCCAGAAGUGGAGGCCCGUAUCGAUGCUUUCCGUGCUUCUCAAGGCGGUGUGAUGUUUGGUGGCCGUAUGAUACACGACGCGGAUCCAACACUUGCAAUACCUGAUAACCUGGGUGCCAACUUAGUCGAGCCCGGUGAUAGAGUAUGACCUGCGCCUGUUACUUAGCCUCACUUUGCCAUGCAAUGUACGGGAUCACACUUAACAGUCACCAGGGAUGGACCACAAGCGACCACGAUGUCAUGCGCAG